AUGAAUAACUCCCAUUUGGUGAAAUCUCCCACGAUCCAACUCCUUGAACCCGAGCUGAUCGCACUGCUGGAAUCGAAAGAUUAUCGGCAGGUGCGCGAUGCGCUCGCGAUCCUUGAACCCGCGGAUAUCGCGGACCUUCUGGAAUCGCUCGAGAUCGAAGCCGCGGGAAUCGCGUACCGGAUUCUUCCAAGAGAGAUGGCGUCGGAUGUAUUCGCAGAGCUCGAGCAACCGAUGCAGGAGUCACUCCUGGACGAGCUUGGGGACGAGCGAUCAGCACGCGUGAUCGAGGGUCUCGAGCCCGACGAUCGUGUCGCGGUGCUCGAUGAGCUCCCUGUCGAGGUCGCGCAGCCGUUGAUCUCUCGAUUGAGUCCUGAGAAUCGGCGCAUCACGCAAGCGAUCCUUGGUUACGACGCAGAGUCCGUUGGUCGUCUGAUGACGCCGGACUAUGUCCGCAUCCGCGAGCAGUGGACUGUGGCGCACGCGCUCGAGCACAUCCGGCGUUACGGACAAGACGCGGAGACCGUCCACUGGGUCUAUGUCAUCGCUCCCGACGGCACGCUCAUCGACGACCUGCACAUCCGCACACUCCUGCUCUCGGAUCCCGAAGCAAAGAUCGCGGACAUCAUGGAUGACCAGUUCGUCACGCUCAUCGCGACGGACGACCGAGAAGAAGCGGUCCGCGCGAUGGCUCGCUACAACCGAACGGCUCUCCCGGUCGUGGACUCGCUCGGACUGCUUGUCGGGAUUGUGACCGCCGACGACAUCGCGGAUGUCGCGGAAGAAGAGUUUACCGAGGAUGUCCAGAAGCUAGGUGGUAUGGAAGCGCUCCACGCGCCAUACACCUCCACUUCUGUCAAGGAGAUGGUCCGCAAGCGUGGUCUCUGGCUCGCCGGACUCUUCGUCCUGCAACUCUUGAGUAUUGGAGUGAUGGGCAUCUUUGACGAGCAGCUCAAUAAAGCGGUCGUCCUCGCGUUGUUUGUCCCGCUCAUCAUCGCAUCGGGAGGGAACACAGGGACACAAGCCGCGAGUUUGCUCGUGCGCGCGAUCGCUGUGGAGGAAGUUCACAUUGGACUCUGGUGGCGCAUCAUGCGCAAGGAGAUCCUGACGGGACUCAUCCUCGGCGCCGUCCUCGGCGUGAUGGGUGUGCUUACAGUGCUUAUGCUCUCCGCAAUCGGUUUCGCGCACACUGAACACGCACAAGAGCUCGCGCUGACUGUCGGUGGAGCUGUGUUCGUGAUCGUGAUCUGGGGGACGCUGAUCGGAUCGAUGCUCCCGCUUGUGAUGCACAAGCUCGGACUCGACCCCGCGGCAUCAUCAGCGCCGCUGGUUGCGACGCUGAUGGAUGUCUCGGGAUUAACUAUUUAUUUUGCCGUCGCGAUCCUGCUGCUCAGCGGGACGAUCCUGUAA